AUGGCUUUUGCGGGGGCCAGUCUUUCGGGUGGGACCAGCAGUAAUGCCAGCCGCCGCCGUCCCUCGCUAGAGUCGAACAAACAAACGCUCACGCUGGCGAGCAAUGCGGCUCUGCUCUCCUCCCGCGCUCUGUUGCCGCCUGAUCGAGACACCACGACGCAGCUACAGUUGCUUGAUGCUCUUACACAAGAGGUCCGCCGAGAGCAGGAGCCGCCACAGCUCACGGGCUUCACGUCGACGCCCCUCAAUGCGACCACGCAAUAUGCCAGCUCCCACAACGCCGCCAGUUCAAGUGCCCAGAUAGCCGUGGCCUAUUCCAACAGCACAGCCAACUCCCAAAAGCAUCACACCUUCCUGUAUCAAGAUGCGAAUCAGCAACUGAUGUUUGCUCGUGAUGCCUUGUCCAAAGAAGCCAGCCCCGACCGCAUUGACCUAUCUGCAGGCCAGCUCGAAUCCUGCCCCAUCUUUGAGAAUGAAAUGUACUUGCGCAUCCUGCUCUUGUCACAGAAUCGGAUUCAAUUUAUUCAACCUGUUCGAGUUUUGCGCAACCUGAUCGUCCUGGAUCUGACAGAGAAUCGUCUCAAGGACUUAUCGCCCCUUGCGGACAUGCCUGCGCUACGAGUUCUUCUCGUUGGCGGCAAUCGACUGCAGUCCCUGGAGGGCAUUCAAGGUUGUCCGUGCUUGGAUGUGCUUAACGCGAGUGGCAAUCGCCUGUCAACGAUUGAACCGCUGCGGCAACUCUCCCAGUUACGAGAUUUGAACUUGGCCAACAACAAUAUUCACGAUCUGUCUGUGAUGGAGCAACUGCCAUGUCUAACCAACGUUAAUGCCAGCAACAAUGCGAUUGCCCAAUUACCUAAUUUGCAGAGCAAUCCGUCGCUGGAAACGCUGUAUUUAAGCCGCAACAAGAUUGAAGGUGCAGGCUCGUUGGACGAAUGCAAGACUCUACUGGAACUGGCGCUUGACGAGAACCCGGUAGUUCAGACGGAGCAUUACCGAGAAAAACGCAUUUUAGCCCUUCCUUCCCUUCGUCUUCUGGAUGGCAAACGGAUCAGCCCAGAUAUGCGUCGCAUGGCGGGCAUUACAUUGCGACGCAUUCAAGAAAAGGCUGACCAAGCUGCCCGGGCAGAGCAGCAGCGUGAGCAGCGCGAGACUGCCAUAAAUGCAUGCAAGACGGCCUGGUUUUCUAUCCUCCGUCCACGCAAACGACGUCUCGGUCGGUUGUUUCAAGAUGCAAUGCUCACCCUCGCACCCUUGGUAGAGACUCAACCGAAGCCGCAACGGCAACUGGCUUUAACCGAGAUACAGGGUCUGCAGAUCGUGCAGUAUGGCUAUCCGCGUGACAUUUUGGAUGGGUCCAUCGGGACCAGCACAGCCCAAAGCAUCACGCAGCUGCACUUACUUUACUACCCAGCCCGUCUUCUGAACGCCCAGUGGUCUCGCGUAGCACGUCGUCUGCCCAAUGUCACGUCGAUUCGACUUCAACACUGCGAUUGUCGGCACUUGGUCGAAUUGAAUGGCCUGGCCGCUUUCAAGCGUUUAACCACUUUGAACCUAGCUGCUGAGCCGCUUGCUCAAGAAAUGCCACAGUGGCGGUUGUACGCCAUUCACCGCAUCGCCACCUUGCAAACGAUCGAUGGACAGCCGAUCACAGUGACGCAACGCAUGGAGGCUCACCGGUGCUUUGGUCCCCUCACCAUCAUCAUGAACCAGCUCCCGGCCAUGACGCUGGCUGGACGACGCCAUCAUGAUUUACCCGUGGACGAGUCAGCCCUUCCAGCUGCCCGAGUGGUUAGUUUAUGUUAA